AUGUUGCUAAGCCAAUUGAGGCUCCUCGAAGUUACGGAAAGCGACAAGAAGGACACUUCGUACCGAAACCCCUUCCUCGUCCGAUCGGAAUGCCCCUACCGCCUAAAGCUGGAGAGAACACUGGAAUUGAUAAUCGAUCGCUACGACAGCGACGGUAAAUCCUUCAUCGCGCCUCCACGCCUAUUCAAGGCCGAGCUGUCACUAUUCUUCCCCAACUUUUACGGCGAAACUCUAUUGAAGACGGAUAAAAACCCACGCGAUACUACACCACUCCUUACUGGCAAGGCAACAGUCGUCUCUUUCUUCAGCAGCCGCUGGGCUGAGCAGCAAGCUGCGACCUUCACAUCUAAGGAGGAAAACCCUGGGCUUCAUGAAGUGCUAAAUAAGCACCCGGGCACGACACAGAUUGUCAACAUCAACUAUGAAGAUAAUGCCGGCAAGGCGUGGCUAGUGCGUUUCUUUCUGGGUUCAUUGCGAAAGCAGUUCCCAGAGAAGGAUUGGGACAAAUACUUCCUUGUCCGACGAGGCGUUACCGACGACAUUCGCGAAUCCAUCGGUCUACUCAACAGCAAGGUCGGAUACGUCUUCCUUGUCGAUCAGUAUUGCCGGGUUCGGUGGGCGGGCAGCGGAACUGCUCAUCCCGUUGAAGCAGAAGGUUUGGCAAAGGGUCUCUCACGUAUAGUUGAUGAGAUGAGGAAUGAAGCAACCUUGCCCGCCACUGCAAAGGAGCAACAUCCAGGUAAACACCAUCUUGAGGUUCCGAAAAUGCUGUAA